AUGGACGCUGGCGAGUCGCGGAAGCUUGGCUUGACCUCGUCGGCCUCGUCCUUGACCAAGAAAUCAAUGACCUUUCUGAAGGACGUUACAAGCCUGGCCCAGAACACUUUCCAGACGCCGAGCAAUCAACAUCAGAGCAAUUCGUACGGCUACGGUCAGCAACAGGGUCUGUCGCAGCACUUCAACCACACUAUCAACGCGCCACCGCCUCAGCAGUAUCUCUAUCCACAAUCGGCAGUGUCGCAGCAUCCACCCCAGCAAUGGCCACGCCCACCUCCAUCGCCAAACAGACCUUCUCCACAACAGUCGCCCUCUCCUCAGCCCUACGCGCAAACAUACCAACCUCGACCAGUCAGUCCAGGCUAUAUUCCAGGGCAAGGACAAGUGAGCGUAGUCCAGCAGAAUCAGUAUGCUCCUGCGCCGCCACCGCGACAUCCUUCUGUAACUUCCGUGCACCAAUACGCUGAUCUGCCGCCGCCACCUCCAUACCCUGGGCAUCCUGUGUCGACACCAUCGCCACCCAUAGGACCACAUGUACAACAGCAGAAUCAUCCCAUCUCGCCGGACUUACCACCCGUCAACCAGCAGCUUCCUAAUCAGGCCGGCUGGCAUUCACCAUCACCACAGCCGCAAUACUCACAGGGACCUCCACAAUCUUUCCAGCAACAGCCUUCAUGGACCCCAUCGCAACCAUCUCCACCACCACCACAACAACAGUACCAAGCAUAUUCAACACCUCUAUCUUCAACGCCUCAUCUGCAACAGCUGCCUCCGCCGCCGCCACCUCAGAGACACCCAAGUGCGCCCAACAUCCAGCACCGACCGCAACAAUAUCAGCCGCAUCAUUCGAACACCUAUCCGUCGGCGUCACACCCUCCUAUCCAACGACCGUCGACCUCACACAGCAGCGCUCCGUCAAAUGAAGUAGCUCCACCACUUCCUCUUCGACCACAAGUCCCGCACUCCGCCACCUCGCCGUCUUCUCAGCCUACCUCAAAUCCUCCGCGCCCGACCGGCUACGCUGAACUACCCUCGCCGCCAAAUCAGCAGCAGCAGCCGAAUCAUUAUUUCGCACCUCCAGCCGGAGUAGCAGAGAUGUACGUGCCACCACCGCAGUGGCAGCAACCCAACACGACUGGGUACGCGGAACUGGCGGGCAAUGAGCCUUCUGGCCUUCAACAAGGCCGCUUACAGCAGGGUGGACACCCUGGGGAUGUCAAGCCGCCGAUACAUCAGCGGCACCAUGGUGGUUCUGGUUUGGUCAUCCCGCAGAUUGCGGAGCUGCCUGGGUGA